AUUUACGAAAACAAAUAAUACAAGUCCACCGGCCGCUGCCCGACAAACAACGCUACAGCGUUGUACUCUACAAAGUGCAUACUACAUACUCCCCACGCCAUACGUCUGCAACAAUCCCCAGUUUUUGUGACUUGUUAAUUUAAGUUUGUUUGAUACCGUUCCUAAUUGAUAUUAAUUUUAGUCUACGAAAGUCUAGAACAAAACCAUCAUGAAGUUGGUCAAGUUUUUAAUGAAACUAAGUCAUGAAACAGUGACAUUAGAACUAAAAAAUGGCACUAGUGUCCAUGGAACCAUUACAGGAGUUGAUGUAGCCAUGAACACUCAUUUGAAAACGGUAAAAAUGACAAUGAAAAAUAAUCAGCCAGUACAUUAUGAAACACUUAGUGUUCGUGGUAACAAUAUACGGUACUUCAUUUUACCAGAUUCACUAACCCUAGAAACACUACUAAUUGAUGAUACACCUAAAUCAAGGGCUAAUCAUGGUGGGCGAGGUAUUCGUGGAGGACCUGGAAGAGGUCGUGGACGUGGAGGUCCAAGAGGACGAGGAGGUCGUGGAGGACCUCGCGGAGGUGGAAGUCGUGGACGUGGUGGACCACCUCGACGUUAAAAAUAUAAUUCAUGUCAAUAUUACUAUAUUAGAAAAUCUUUGGAAUAUAUAAUUUUAUAUAUUUAA